CAGAUAGCACAUCACCGAGUGCCUUACAAAUAUAAAAACCCCAGGUCCGCUGUUUAAUUGCUAGGUGCCUUUGUUGUUACUGGUAUUCUGCUUUCCCAGGUCGAUCGCUCCACGCCACGCCACCAGCGCCAUGCCGUCCUUUGCACAUAUCGCAGCGGCUGCUCUACAGCUGAGCUUUUUGGUACACCCGGGACUUGCCGUACCGACGAAAGGAGAACCCAAGCUAGGCGCUGUCGCGUCCGAAAAUGCCGUCUGUUCUAAGAUCGGAACCAAUAUUCUGAAGACCGGCGGAAACGCGGCCGAUGCUUUAGUAGGUACGGUGCUAUGUGUCGGAGUUACCGGCAUGUAUCAUAGCGGUAUCGGUGGCGGCGGCUUCAUGCUCGUGCGCGGCAGCGACGGGAAGUACGAAUUUAUCGACUUCCGAGAGACUGCUCCGGCCGCCGCGUUCGAGGAUAUGUAUAACAAUGACACCAAUCUAAGCUUAUACGGCGGUCUAGCAAGCGGUGUUCCGGGAGAGCUUCGAGGGCUAGAGCAUCUCCAUAAAAACUACGGAAAGUUGCCGUGGGCCCACGUGGUAAUGCCAGCUGUCAAACUUGCUCGAGAGGGCUUUGUAGUGUCACAGGAUCUCGUCAACCAGAUGAACUCGGUGACGCCGAACGGCGAUUUCCUCACGGACGAUCCGGCGUGGGCAAUUGACUUUGCUCCGAACGGCACCAGAGUCCAACUAGGCCAGACGAUGACGCGUAAACGCUACGCCGACACGUUGGAGACUAUCGCGAAGGAGGGCCCGGAUGCAUUUUACAAUGGUGCUAUUGCUCAGGCAACCAUAGCCGCGCUGUCGAAGGCUAACGGGACGAUGACUCUGGAGGACCUGAAGAACUACACAGUCGCCAUCCGACAGCCUGCCAAGAUCAGCUACAGAGGCUACAAGCUGACGAGUGUUAGUGCGCCAGCAAGUGGUGUAGUAGCUCUUAGUGCUUUAAAGAUCGUUGAAGGAUACGAGGGAUUCGGCGACCCUGCUCAGAUCAACCUCACAACUCACAGACUAGACGAAGCGAUGAAGUUCGCCUACGGACAACGAGCUAAGCUCGGCGACCCCCUCUUCGUCGAUGGUGUCGACAAGUACCAAACCGAAAUGGUUUCCGAAGCAACUGCCGCCGAAGUCCGCUCGAAGAUUUCCGAUUUUACUACGCAGAGCAACGUGUCGUACUAUGACCCGGAAGGUCUGGAAAGUCUUGAAACGCCUGGUACCAGCCACGUCGUUGCUGCCGACCACACCGGGCUAGCAAUCAGCAUCACGACGACCGUCAACUUGCUGUUCGGCUCGCAGGUCAUAGUCCCCGAGACUGGCGUUAUCAUGAAUGACGAGAUGAACGACUUCUCCAUCCCGAAUUCGUCCAACGCAUUCGGCUACAUACCAAGCCCGCAGAAUUACAUCCGUCCGGGCAAGCGCCCCUUGUCUUCGAUUUCGGGGACUAUAGUCGAGUCGGCGGAUGGGAAAUUGUACUUCGUCAUAGGAUCCGCCGGUGGCAGCCGCAUCAUUACGGCGACCAUCCAGAACAUCCACCACGUUCUCGACCAGAACAUGACAACGGCCGAGGCUCUCGCGGAACCUAGGUUGCACGACCAACUUGUCCCUCAACAGGUUUCGUUCGAGUAUGCGUACGAUAAUAGUACCGUCGCAUACAUGAAGUCCUUGGGAAACAAUGUUACGUGGGUAGCGCCCGGCAGCAGCACCGCUCAAGGCUUGCGGUUACUUCCUAACGGGACGUUCGAGGCGGCCGGAGAGCCACGGCAACAUAACUCCGGUGGUUUUGCCGUAUGAUGGGAUUCUUUCUUGCCAGCAAAAGUUAAACUAUCUUACGACACGAUGUUGGAUUAGCGAAUCUGGACUACUUAUUUAACCACAUAAUCUAAUUGAUAAAUACUAUACCAAUAAUCCA